AUGGAGCCCUCGUCGAAACGAAGGCGGCUGGCCCCUAAGGUGCCAGAUCCUCCACUCCUGUCUUCACUGCCACCCGCGCAGCAGCCCUCCCAGCAUGCCUUUUCUCAAGAUCAGAUCCCUCCCCAACACUAUCCCCAUGGAGAUAUGGCACCGCGACCCCCUGAACGCGACGAGUUCGAGGCCUUUGCGCGACAUCUCCAAGACGCUGCUAUCCAUAUUCAGCAGCAGACCCUGAGACCGAAGCACACGAGCGUGUCCGUUCUGAUGCUGAGAUGGGAGGAGGAUAUGUCUGUCGAGCAAGAUCUGUUGCUGUUGGAGAACGUCUUUCGCGAUCGAUACCACUAUCACACUAGCAAGUGGGCAAUUCCAACAGUGCCAAAUCCCAGCAUCAAAUUGGGUGUCCAGAUGGCUUCAUUUCUGGAGAACGCCCGUCCGGAUCACCUCUUGAUCAUCUACUACGCUGGCCACAGCUAUGUUGGGCCAGACAACCAACUGUACUGGGCGAGCAACUCUCGUGAGGACGCAGCUAAGUUGAAGUGGGAUGGUGUACGGUGCCUUUUCGAAGAUGCCCAGUCAGAGAUCCUCCUUCUGCUGGACUCCUGUGCCGUCCGAGAUGCUCCGAUGGCUGGGAGCAAUGGCGCAAAACAAGCCAUUGCCGCUUACACCCCGGAUCAAGUCUCAUUCGAGCUCGGGCCGCGGUCCUUUACAGCGUCAUUGGCGGACACACUCCAAAAGCUCAGCACCUCCGGUCGGCCAUUCAGUGUCCAGAGAUUGUACGAUGAGCUGCGGCAGCAACGGCAGCAAGAGAGCGCACAGGCUCUAGCACGUCUGGCCAAUGGAUCAGCCAAGCCCAGCCUUCCGCCGGAGAGGACGCCGGCCUUCUUCACUCUCACCCCUGCUAAAGGCCAGGGAAUCAUUCUGGUUCCUCUAGAUCCGAAGCUCUCGCAUCUUCAGCCAUCUCCCCAUCCCACCGAUGCAGACGGCCAGAGUGCUCGGAGGCAUGACCAACUCCUCAGCCCAGAGGAAGUGCUGGACCUGAGUUUAGACGAGCAGAGGGUCUUGGUGUGCACUACCUUUGUCGGAGAUGCAAGCCCAGACAUGAUGUUUUUCAAUCAGUGGCUGCACAACAUGCCGCCUUCAGCCUCGAAAAUCACCGUUGAGGGUAUGUUCCUCGGCCCUCCCACUAUGCUUCUGAUUUCCAUGCCGCAUCAGAUCUGGAAUAUUGUCCAGCAUGACAAAAGGCUUGUCAAUUCGGCUCUGGGUGGUUCUGGUAUCAAGCUUGCCGAGCCGUCUUCUUCCCUGCAGAAAGAGAUCCCCGGGCAACCCGCGAACCAGCUUUCACAGACCGCGGCGGCUGCCGGGUCUACGGCCUUGGCUCGCGGUAAUCCCAAUCAGCCUCUAGGUGCUGUUACCAAGGACGACGUUGAAGAUUCGGCUGAAAUGCAAGAGGCUGCUGAGCAGCUCAAGGCCUUGAGCCAUGUACGACAUCUGGGAGCUGAGGUGCCAGCAACUCUUGAUCAUCAAGCUUCACGGCUUGGAGAUAGCAUUGCCGUUAAACAUGUCGGCGAUGCAGGCUCGCCUCCCCAGGGCGAAGGUCUCGACGGAGGUCUGUAUGCGGCGCAGAUUGGCACGCCGUCAGGCAAGACAAAAGUUCGCAGGCCACUCCAGAAGCAAAUACCCAAGCAGGAAACACGGUGCGCGCAUUGCAGUCAUGCCCCCUUCAAGGACCAAUCGUCUCUGAAAAAGCAUGUCGCGGCUGCUCAUACUCGGCCGUUCCCCUGUGCCUUUUCAUUUGCAGGCUGCCAGAGCACGUUCGGAUCCAAGAACGAAUGGAAGCGGCAUAUUGCUUCUCAGCAUCUCUGCCUAACGUUCUACCGGUGCUCUGCCUGCAAACAAAGUACUGGGGACGGCAAGGGCAAUGAGUUCAACCGCAAGGACCUGUUCACUCAGCACCUCCGUCGGAUGCACGCACCUUUCGCGAUCAAGAAGUCGAUCAAUAAGGCCGACCCAAAGCUGCUGGCUGACUGGGAAAAGCAUGUCAAGCAGAUGCAGACAUCGUGUCUUGUUAUUCGUAGACAGCCACCUCAACGCUCAUCCUGCCCCAAGCCUGGCUGCCAGAAGAUCUUUGAGGGUCCUGGCUCAUGGGAUGAAUGGAUGGAGCACGUUGGUAGGCACAUGGAAAAGAACGAGGCCCAGCUGCUCGGUGUGGACCGGCUCUUGGCAGAAUGGGCCUUGGAGGAGGGUAUCAUUGAGCAAGUUGGCGAUGGCGAGUAUAGGCUCUGUGGCAGUGGUGGUUCGACUGCGAACGACAAAGAGCCGAUGAGUAAUGGAAAUGGCGACAGCAAGCCUGCUGAUGAAGUAGAGAAGAAGGAAGAUGAGGAGGACGAUGCUCCUUCUAUAACUGUUGCUAUUCCACAGGUUCCUGUUCUGGCUUCGGAGAGCAUGGAAGUUGACUGA